GAAACUCCCUUGCAUUGUAUGAAACACUUAUGGUUUUACUUUUUGAAGGUUGGAGAUACUGUGCCAUCUGCCAAGUGAACUAUCCCCCAAGAUCAUACCAUUGUCACUUAUGUGAUGAAUGCAUCCUCAAGAGAGACCAUCAUUGCAGAUUUACUGGAUGCUGCAUAGGCUAUCACAACCAUCGAUACUUCUUGGUUGGAGUACUUUACAUAUUUCUGGGAGCACUUUAUGGCAUCUGGUACCAGUGGGACUAUGUGUAUACAACCAUAGAUCUGCCUGCAAUGUAUUUCUUCAUGACACUCAUUGCACCACACUUUGCCUUAUUAUUUGGUGCCAUAAAUCUUUGGGGUGUUGUAGUGGCUGUUCUCCACACAUUAGGCCUCUGCACUUUGUUCAUGACUGCAUACCUGUUGGCCAUCCAGGCCAGGGCAAUUUGCCGUGGUCAAACCCAAUAUGAAAUGAAAUGUAACAUUCAUGAUUAUAAUUUGAGCCUUAAGAAAAAUAUUGUUGAUGUUUUAGGCAAGAAAUGGAAAAUUGCCUGGUUGUCUCCCUUUAUCAAAUCACCUCUUAAGGGUGACGGCAUUGUUUUCAGGAAGGCCAAUGAAUAUGAACCCCCAAAAGAUAUAUGAACUGGAAAAUAUUAACAAGGCUUUUACUCAACUGUUUGUUAACUUCACACAAGGAAUGAUUCUUUGGAGAUGGCAAUGUAAAACACAAAGAAAUAUAUAGCAUCUUAAUUAUAAUGGUACCAUAUAGGUGUCAGUAAUAGAAGUAGUACAGAUAUAUAUUUAACAGUAUUAGCUGUGAUACUGCCAUUCUGUUAAUAUCACAAGAAUAAAGUGCAUCUCAAAUUGAAUUGUGAUUAUUAUAUGGGUUCUGAUAAUGUUGCAUUUAUGUGAAAAUGGGCUCAAUAUAAUUUUAUUCAAGUCAUGAUAGUUUUCAUAGAUAGCAGGAUUAAAAUAUGAUCAUUAAACAUGUAUUUUCAUGCAAAGGUGCACAAUGAAGUUUAAUUCUGUGUCUGAAUAGCAAGUCUCAUUAUGACAAAUGAUGAUGUUAACAUUACUGUAAAUCAACAACCUUUCCUGUACAUUGAAUAGAAAGUUUUAGCCCCCUAGAAGUGAUGCAUGGCCUUUACCUUGCCUGUGAUAUAUAAUGUAAAUCAUCUUUGAGUGAGAUAGGUUGUGCUUCCAACAGUUGAUUAUUAUCUUUACAUGAAAUGUUUUGUGCCAAUAUCAUUGAUAUAAACAA